AGCCCGACCGAUAUAUCGGCCGGCCGAUAUUAUCGGCCGAUAUGAGCUAAUUGCAUUUAAAUCGGCAUCGGCGUUUAUAACGGCCGAUAAAAAAACAUGAGAAACAGAGUCUCAUGCUUCACUCAUGUUAUGAGUGUUGCAUAGUUUGCCCACCAGAGGGAGGUCUGCAACUCCCAAGUUGACAACAGCGCCAGAAUCCGCUACAGAAGAAAGCUAUCAGCCAAGCCAGUGGCAGAGCAUUACACCUGGAUGAGAGGUGAGUCUGUCAUUAUCACUUCUAAAUAUUCUGUAAUACCAUGUUUAUCAGUGGAAGAGCGCGAACGUUAAUAAGAGGUCAAACUAUAACGUUAGCGUUUAACUUAUUCUAAAUAUCUGCAGUGUUUCCCACAUAAUGACCGCGUAAUUGUGGCAGGGGGGCGCGUGUAGUCAAUGACUAGAAGUUAUGUACAGCGUGCCUCGAAAAAACAACAACUGUUACGUUAUUCUAACACUAACAUUAGCUUCCUUUGUAGCAGGCUCUUAAACGCUUGCUAUUAGUGCUGUGAUGGAUCGCAGUUGAUCCGUGAUCCGUACGGAUCACGAUCCGCGGUUCGGCUCGCAUGCGAUUCGCGGAUUAAUAUGCAUAUUUAAACAGGGAAAGUUUAUCAUUUACACGUGUUUCUAAGGCUUGCAAAUGUUAACACUCAAGUGACUUUUUAAUGUGAAGCGCCAUUCGCCAUAUAAAAUAAUCCACUCAUAACAAAUGAACGAGUUAUUUGUGUAAUUUUUUAUAAUAAGCGCCAUGCAGUGAAUCCACCGCGGGUCUCCAGCAAACUCUCUCUCUCUCUCCCUCCCUCUGUGCUCAUGCAGCCGGUCUCUGACGGGCAGAUGUUUCUUGAGGCGCGUGCAACGGGUGGCCAAAUAAAGAGUUCUUCUUACACAUAAUGCUAAUAGUUGUAAAGGUUUCUGAACUUUAAGCAAGCUAAGACAAAAUUCGCGUUUAUAUCAGUGACACGUGCGCUGCUGGAGCGAUGUAGUUUGACGCCUAAUUUGCUUAUAGUACAAACAUCUUUGAUCAGAAAGACGAGAAAGAGACGCAAAUGUUAACGUGUAAUAGAAAGUAAAGAGCGUCAAGACCUUAAAACAGACUUCAUCACAUCAUAGCACCCGUCAUAAUAUCUAUAUAGAGCUCCGUCUCUCAUAUAUACAGGUAUUUAUCCUGUCUGUAUAGAUUUGUGCAUAAAUUUAUACCUGUUCAUUUUACAUACUGCCUAUUUUUAAUGUAAUGUAUGCAUAAAUACAAAAUACAAUGCAUACUAUAGCUUCAAUAGUCUAUAAAAUUUAUAACUCAAUUAAAAACAAGAUUCUGUAUAUCAAGACUUAAUCUGUUGUUAUCCUCUGGGCUUUUCACUUUAACAUUAUUAACUUUAAAUUGUCCAUAUUUUAAAACUGUGGUGAGCAGUUAAAAGCUAUAAUGAGUGGCAAAUAACUGCACAUUUUUAUAAUCCAAAAAACUGAAAAACAUGUAUACCAUGAAAUAUACUAAUAAAAUGACUCAUGGAAUAGAUUUUUGGUGAUUCCAUGCACCCCUAUCGGUCCUAAUCGGAAUCGAAUCGAUUCUUGAAAUUUGAAUCGAAACCCAGCCCUAGUAAUUAAUAUUACACAUGCUUAUUCUUUCCCUGUCUCUCUUUCUGCCCUACAGAUGGCUGAAAAAGGUGAACGCUGUAGCAGCAAAGUGUGGGACUACUUCUCCAAAGAUUCCUCUAAUGCAGUGAUCUGCAAUAUAUGUGCAGUUAAUGUAAGCCAGGGGUCUGUCAAAGCAAAGCAGAAAAACACUUCCAAUUUGUGGACUCAUCUGAAAACCAAACACAGUGAGCAAUAUAAAGAGGCACAGCAGCAGAGUGAGGUACAAAAAACUCUUUCUGUUAGAACACAGCAGCCUACCCUGCCACAAGCAUUUGAUAAGGUACUCAAAUGGGGUCCAUCAGAUCCAAGGGCAAAAAACCUGGACAAAAAAGUAAUGGAGAUGAUAGCGACAGACAUCCAAGCUUUUUCUGUGGUGGAAGGUGUGGGGUUUAGAAGGCUGCUGGCUGCUGCAGAGCCUAGGUACACUCUGAAGACAGAAAAGUUUUAUCGCACAGAUAAAUUGCAUCAUGUGCAUGCAAAAGUGGUGAUCAAGAUAAAGGAGCUUUUGGCUGUUGAAAAUGCAAAGCAUAUUGCAUUUACAACAGAUUGUUGGUCAGGGUCCACUGAGUCGUUAAUGAGCUUGACUGCUCACUUCAUCGAUGAAGAAUGGAACAGGGUGCAAGUUGUCCUAAAUGUGAAAGCCAUGAGUGGAUCUCACACUGGUGAGUACAUUGGACAGUUGUUUUUAGACAUGCUUACCGAGUGGGAUAUAGACAGUGAACGUGUGCUGCUGGUGCUCAGGGACAGUGGAGCCAAUGUUGUUAAGGCGAUGAGGUUGGUGGAGAUGCCUGACCUCAGCUGCAGUGCUCACACUCUCCAGCUUGUUGUGAAUGAUGGCCUCCAGGCACAGAGAGCUGUAGGUGACAUCCUGGCCAAACUGAAGAGGUGUGCAACCCAUUUUGGUCAUUCAGUCCCUGCCAAGCAGAGGCUUGAACAAAUUCAGAAGGAUGUUGGUCUACCUGAACACCGCAUUCUCCAGGCAUGCCCAACCAGAUGGAAUUCCACAUUGCAUAUGCUCCAAAGGAUGCACGAGCAAAAGAGAGCACUGACAGUCUACUCUGGGGACUUUGGACAUUUUACAUGUCCAAGUGUGGAGGAGUGGGACCUGGUCGAAAAGCUGAUUAACACACUGGAACCAAUUGAGGAAAUUACUCUAGAAGUGAGUAAGUCUGAUGCAUCUGCAUCAUGCAUCAUCCCCACCAUUGAGGUUUUGAAAAGAUUUCUGGAGACUCAGGGUCCUGAAACUAGAGGAAUUCAGACUUUGAGGAAGGUCAUGCUCGACAGCUUAACCAGAAGGUUUUCCAAGAUUGCAGAGUCCAAAGAAGCAGUGCUGGCCUGUGUGCUGGAUCCUCGUUACAAACAGCGUCCCCUCUCUGACAGCACAACCAAGAAGGCCAAAACCUGGCUUGAAAAAGAGGCAGACAAACAACAUCAAGCAUGCUCAGAAGCCACUCAUAAGGAUGCCGAGGGAUAUUCAAAGAAACCUAGAAUGGAGAAGUCCCUAGACCAGAAGCAGAGUGUGCUUGACCAUCUCUACGAGGACAUGUUGCAGAGCCAGCAAACAGUGACAGGGGUGUCUGAGAGUCUGAACGAGGAGCUGGAUCGGUAUCUUCAAGAGCCCGUUCUUGAUCGCAAAACAGGUGACCCCCUGCAGUGGUGGAGGCAAAACGCUGGCCGCUUCCAGACUCUGGCUCCAUUGGCCAGAAGGUUUCUCACUCCUCCACCUUCAUCUGUCCCUAGUGAGAGGGUAUUCAGCACUGUGGGGGGCAUCUAUCAAGAUAGGAGGAGCUCUCUAACAGGUUCCAAGGCAGAGAUGUUGUGCUUCCUGUACUACAACCUGCCACUUCUCAACUGGCAGUACUAAGGAGCACCCUGUUCAAGACAUUUUUCAAAACACUGUUCAAAUAUUAAAGUUCAGAGCAAGACAGAGUUAAAGUCUAAAAGUAUAAUUUGUAAAAAGUAGUGAAGGAGAAAAACCUCUUGCCUGUGUGUUGUAUAUGAGAACAUUCUACAUUGUUUUAAUUAUAUUUUGGUAUUAUUUAUUUUAUAUUUAUUUAUUUUAUAUGUACUUAUGUAGCUAUACAUUUAACUUAUUUUAAUUUUAUUUUCAAUUCAUUGACAUGGUUUUGUGGAAUAUUUAAUUAGUUUGGUAUAGCUCUUUUACUUUAUAAUUUAUUUACAGUUCACAGACUGUUAAAACCAGCUUCAUCUGGAAGUUAAAGUGUUAAAUGUUUAAAACCAUACUGUUUUUUGAUAAUUAAAAAAUAUAUACUUUUGACGUGCAAUUGUUUAGUCAUUGAGCCUUUUUUUUAACAUAAUCUCUUCUGGAAAAUGGUUUAUACAGCCCACAUACAUAGAACAGGCAGAUAUUUUGCUAUUGAAUGUUGUGUAAGUGCAGUUUAUAGGAAAUGGGUCUAAUAUCCAGUUUAUUUUCCAAAUCAAAAUAUCGGCUUAUAAAUCGGCUCUUUUCGAGUUAAUAUCGGCAUCGGCCCCCAAAAAUCCAUAUCGGUCGG